CACCAAACUCCAUCAGAAGCAGCAACACAGAAACCAAACACCCCUUAAUAAAAAAAAACUUUUUUUUGUUGGUGUUUCUCUUACAAAAGGUUCGGCAACCAUGAGUCUUCUCUCGGAUCUCGUUAACCUUAACCUCUCGGACAGCACUGAGAAAAUCAUUGCUGAGUACAUAUGGGUUGGUGGCUCCGGAAUGGACAUGAGAAGCAAGGCCAGGACCCUCUCUGGACCAGUGACUGAUCCUUCAAAACUCCCGAAAUGGAACUACGACGGUUCAAGCACACGGCAAGCUCCUGGUGAAGACAGUGAAGUGAUCUUAUACCCUCAAGCGAUCUUCCGAGACCCCUUUCGCAGAGGCAACAACAUUCUUGUCAUGUGUGAUACUUACACUCCUCAAGGAGAGCCGAUUCCUACGAACAAGAGACACUCUGCAGCUAAGAUCUUUAGCCACCCUGAUGUUGUGGCCGAGGAGACCUGGUAUGGUAUUGAGCAGGAGUACACCUUGCUUCAGAAAGAUGUGAACUGGCCUCUUGGAUGGCCCGUCGGCGGCUAUCCCGGGCCACAGGGACCAUACUACUGUGCUGUUGGAGCUGACAAGUCUUUUGGAAGAGACAUUGUGGAUUCUCACUACAAGGCCUGCCUUUACGCCGGAAUCAACAUCAGUGGCAUCAAUGGAGAGGUCAUGCCUGGUCAGUGGGAGUUCCAAGUUGGCCCUUCUGUCGGGAUCUCGGCUGGUGAUGAACUCUGGAUCGCUCGUUACAUUCUGGAGAGGAUUACAGAGAUUGCUGGUGUGGUGCUAUCUUUCGACCCGAAGCCAAUCCCUGGAGAUUGGAACGGUGCAGGUGCUCACACCAAUUACAGUACCAAAUCGAUGAGGGAAGAAGGAGGGUACGAGGUGAUCAAGAAGGCGAUCAAGAAGCUCGAGAUGAGGCACAAGGAUCACAUUGCAGCCUACGGUGAAGGCAAUGAACGGCGUCUCACCGGACGCCACGAGACGGCAGAUAUCAACACUUUCCUCUGGGGCGUGGCGAACAGAGGAGCGUCGAUUCGUGUCGGACGUGAUACCGAGAAAGCGGGGAAAGGGUACUUCGAGGACAGGAGGCCGGCUUCGAACAUGGAUCCGUAUGUAGUCACUUCCAUGAUUGCAGAGACCACAAUCCUCUGGAACCCAUGAAGAAUUUUCUCUGUUUUUCUCUAAGGAAAAUAACCAGAAAGAUGUUUGGAUUCUCUGUCUGUUCAUUCAUGUCUUGUGUUCUCCUUACAAGUUCCAAGUACUCUGUGCCGGGUGAUGUUGCCGGUGUCCUGUAGUUUUCUGGUUUCCAUUGUUCAUUGUGUGAGCCAUGUUCUUGUUACCUGUCUUUGUACUAAAUAACUCAUUUUUGAGGUAUUAAAUAGCUGUUUGAGAAAAAGUCA